AUGAGGCGGCACAUGACCUCCAUAGCUGAGUCAAAACCAACCUCUAUUAACCAUGACAUAGUUCACAGGGUCAUUCCACACUACUACAACUGGUCAACGUCCUAUGGCAAGACGUUCCUGUAUUGGUUCGGGUCCAAGCCAAGGCUGGCUGUAGCCGAACCGGACAUGAUCAGAGAGGUUUUGCUGAAUACCAGUGGUUCGUUUGCUAAGGUUGAGUUUAGCCCUCUGACUAAGCUUUUGUUUGGAGAGGGACUUCUUUGGCUGAACGGUGAGAAGUGGGCUGUUCACAGAAGGAUCACUAGCCAGGCCUUUAACAUGGAGAGGGUUAAGGGUUGGGUGCCAGAAAUGGUGACUAGCACCAUGAAAAUGUUAGAGAAAUGGGAGGAAGAAAGAGGAGGAAGAGAGGAAUGGGAGGUGGACGUCCACAAAGAACUUCACAACCUCUCGGCGGACAUGAUAUCUCGGACUGCUUUUGGGAGCAGUUUUGAGGAGGGAAAACGCAUUUUUAAAUUGCAAGAACAACAAGCCAGCCUGGUCAUGGACGCCCUACGAACUGUCUACAUUCCUGGAUUCAGGUUUUUGCCUACUAAGAAGAAUAGAAUGAGGUGGAGAAUCGAGAGAGAAACUCGAGAUUCAAUUCGGAUGCUAAUUGAGAGUAGCAGCAAAACAGGAAGCAAUUCAGAAGAAAAUUCAAAGAGACUUAUUACGUUGUUAAUGUCUGCCCAUAAGAAUCAUCAGGAUGGGGAAGAAGAAAGACUGAGUGUGGAUGAAAUCAUAGACGAAUGCAAGACAUUCUACUUUGCAGGAAAGGAAACAACUGGUGUUCUUUUGACUUGGGCUUUUCUGCUUCUGGCAUUGCAUCAAGAAUGGCAGACCAAAGCAAGGGAAGAAGUGGUUCGAAUCUGCAAAGACAAAGAACUUCCCACUGCUCACAAUUUGGCUGACUUCAAGAUUCUAAACAUGAUUGUCAAUGAAACACUUCGACUCUACCCUCCACCCGUUAUAGCGAUGUGGCAAGCCUGCAAAAAUGUGACGCUCGGCGGCCUCGACCUUCCGGCCGACACGCAACUAUUUCUGGCCAUGAUCGCUGUCCACCACGACAAGAAGGCGUGGGGAGAAGAUGCAAAUGAGUUCAAUCCCACAAGAUUUGCUGAGUCUCGGAAGCAUUUGGCCUCGUUUUUUCCAUUCGGGUUAGGCUCCAGAAACUGUGUGGGUCAAAAUUUGGCCAUGGUGGAGGCGAAAAUCGUCUUGGCAGUAAUCAUCAAGCGUUAUUAUUUCGAAGUAUCACCAUCGUAUGUUCAUGCUCCAAUGCAGUCCAUGGGUUUGCAGCCCCAGUAUGGUGCACAAGUAAUCUUCAGGAGGAUUUUAGAUUGA